AGAUCCGAGAGGCCUUCAAGGUGUUCGACCGUGAUGGCAACGGCUUCAUCUCUAAGCAGGAGCUCGGCACAGCCAUGCGGUCCCUGGGCUACAUGCCCAACGAGGUGGAGCUGGAGGUGAUCAUCCAGCGCCUGGACAUGGACGGUGAUGGCCAAGUGGACUUUGAGGAGUUUGUAACCCUCCUGGGACCCAAGCUUUCCACCUCGGGGAUCCCAGAGAAGUUCCACGGCACUGACUUUGACACCGUCUUCUGGAAGUGUGACAUGCAGAAGCUGACGGUGGACGAGCUGAAGCGACUUCUCUACGACACGUUCUGCGAGCACCUGUCCAUGAAGGACAUAGAGAACAUCAUCAUGACGGAGGAGGAGAGCCACCUUGGCACGGCCGAGGAGUGCCCUGUGGACGUGGACACCUGUUCCAACCAGCAGAUCCGCCAGACGUGCGUGCGCAAGAGCCUGAUCUGCGCCUUCGCCAUCGCCUUCAUCAUCAGUGUCAUGCUCAUCGCAGCCAACCAGGUGCUGCGCAGUGGCAUGAAAUAGGCACCACAUGGUUGCCCACGCGGCACAUGUGGUGCCCAGGCCCGCCUGACACCUACCGCUGCCUGCAGCCCUUCCCCCAGCUUGCUCCCUGGGCCACCACCCACGGGCACUUCCAGCCUGGACACUGCCCACCCCAAUCCUCACCCCGUAGGCCUUGCAUGGAGCCGUGGCCCAGCUGUGGAGGACCUGCUGGCGGCUCUGAGGACAGCCCUAGCCCCUGUACCCUGCCUGUGCUCUCACCUGGCCUGUAUGUAGCGUUAACUUCCCACCACCCAGGAGCUCCUGGGAAGGGCGGGACUUGCACAGGAGCCCCCAGGAUCUAGUUAGGACUGUGGUCUCUUAGGCUGGCGAGAAACUCCUGUCCAGAGCUGUGGGACAGAUGGAGGUGGGCACAAGUCCCGGGGCUCCUGGGUCCCUUUGUCUGGCACUCCUUAGACCAACAGCCAGGCCUCCCAGGUACCUUCUGGGGCCUGUGCCUGCCCAUUUACAAGUGAGGAGCCCGAGGCUUUGAGGGCCUGAGAUCUGGCUGCAGAUUCUUCUUCCACAGGCUUUUCGGAAAAGGCAGAUAUUCGUGCAAGGAAGGGGCAUCACAGAUAAGCCCGAGGCCCAUGAAUUUCUGAGCCAAAGUCCUAGAGACCAAAGGCCAAGGUGUCUCCCAGCACAGAACCUAGAAAUCCAACUGAGGAGAAGAGCAGUUUCUGCAGCCCAUGUGACUUGCCCACUGGCCAGGGUGCCCCCUCAGGAGGCCCCGGGCCACUUUCUAGGGAACUGACUCCCAUGAGGAUCUGGCGCAGGCCUGCACUGUCAGUGCCAACAGACCACUCUUCCAUGUCCAGGGCCUGCCCUCUUGGGGCUCCCCCACUUCUCUGUACCCUUAUGGCCGGAGAUCCGGCUCUCAUCCUUGCCCCACAUGUGCCAUGCCACUUCUUGGCACCAGCUCAGCCUGGGCAGAUGCAAGGCUGCAGCUCUUCAGGGGCCAAAACGGUUGGCAGAGUCCUUGAGCUCCCUUCCCCAGCCUGGGGCCACUUACUAGCUGGGCCGCUGCCACCCUGGCAUCUGUGUGCCCAGCCUGGCUGAGCCUCUACUGAUCCCUCAGCGAGAAGGGCUGUAAGCAGAGAGCACCCUGGAGGGGAUUUUGUCUCGUUCUAGCCCACCUGUCCCU